GGUCAGGACUUUCACCCCAGGGAUGUACGUCUUUUACGUGUGUAGUCUUUCACCAAUCGAUCGUUCCUCUCUCAAUCACCACUUUCGCAACCGAACCUUUGUCGCUCCAAGGUUGGUUGAUGUGCCCCCAGUCGUUCAUGUGCACUCCCUCUGUUCAAGUUUGGCGAUAGAGUUGGUGCCCCGACCAAAAGUUUGAUCAGAAACUCGUGUAAGCAUAUAAAGGCUUGUGUUUGUUCAUCGUCGUUUGACUCCAGCGCAUUCACGUCAGAGCGGCUUGGAGUUUGCUUCCUUCAGUACACCUCGCACCAAGCUGAUGUAAUUAAUUAGAUAUUUGUUCUAGCAAGCUUGACUAUUCUGACAGAGGGAAAAUCAUGUAGAGUCGACUGAAUGGUGCCUGCGACAGUUUGACAAUAUUCACAGGGCCCAGCCAUAAACACAGCAAGGCCCGAGGUCCGACUGUCGAGCGUACUUGAGGCAUGCACCGGGCGCCGAACACAAACAAUAUUGUUUCAACUCUUACCAGGUCGCUUCAUGGGACACAGUUGGUGGCUAAUCCUGCUCGAGACGAGAAGUUUCGCGGGAGUAGAUGAGAUCGGGCCUUCUACCGGACAGACGAGCGAGUGAGUGAUAGUACAAUUGAGACGUACUGUCCCAUGCUCCAAACUACUCCACACAACUGGUCUACCUGAUAAACGCAGAGUGGAGCAGACGUGAGCCUGAUAGGCAGACGACAGUGAGACUCGCGCAGUCAUUGAACACUCACCUAACGGAACUGGACGGGAUGUAGAACCGGAUAAACCCUCUGUAAAGAUAUACUUCACAUUGAGGUAACUGACCGCUAACAAAUGUCAUUGACAUGAGCGUAAACCCGUGAUUUCUUUUGCUUACUUGUGUUUGGGCAUUCAGUAUUUUCACCGUGACUGAAAAUGGACCUUCAUUAGUGUCACGAUUUGAUAGAAGAUCACAAAUUAACUGUUGACAUGCGGUUACGGCGGUCCCCAGCUGAUUCCGACACAGGAGCACGCAGUGAUCUCAAAGGGAAGAACACGACGCCUCAUAACCUGUGACAAACAUAUGGAGGUGUGGAAAAAGUUGUGAAAACUUUCUCAGCGUCUUCGAGCCGGAGCCUUAGACUGAAAGGUGAGGUUCUCGGACAAGGAUUUCACGUCUGACACCGCUGAGUUUUGUCACAGUUGGUCGUCCGCCGAGUGAGAAGCAGACGACAGAUCUGCGCGUGCAGGUGUGUAGCGUGCUCGUCUCUCGUCUGCUACACGGAGAGAGGCAUAACUAGCGUGUCCAGCGAGACUAGUUAGUUCAUUACCGUGGAUAUAUACGAGUGUUCGGGGAUCUACCAGUAGAAGCAUAGCAUGGACUAGCGGCGCUUGCAGUUACUGCAGUAUUGCCCCUUAGAAUGGCGAUCGCUUGUCUAGUACUAGCGCUGGUAGUAUCAACAACCGACCUGUCGUCUGCCAACGGUCCCCCAAAGAUAUCUGGGAAUACAUACCAACGGCAUAUAGCAAAGCUUGGUAAAAACACACGCCUUGAGUGUCCAGUGGAGGCAGACCCACUGCCACUAACCCAGUGGAAGAAGGAUGGCAAGAACAUCCCUCCCGGAGAGACACGCUUCAAGGUCACACCCGAUGGGCAGCUCAGGAUAAAAGAAGUACAAAUGAACGAUGCUGGAAAUUACCUUUGUAAAGCAACCAACGGCUUUGGACAUAUCAACAUUAACUACACACUAAUUGUUGUUGAUGAGGAGAAGGGUAUUGUGAAAGAAAAUGACAACGAAUACUUGCAGUCACCUGAUGAAGAUUUAAGGAAAGCAGGAGCUGCACCAUCCUUUAUUGAUGAGAACAAGAUGAAGCAUAAAGUCCUUUUACGUCCAGUGGGAAGUUCGGCAAGGUUAAAGUGCAGAGCCAGGGGUAACCCACGCCCACACGUCCAGUGGUACAAAGACGGUGGCCAACCAAUCGUAGACAACGAACAUUCCCAUCCUAUGUGGAUACUGAAACUACACGAUGUGAAGGAAAUGGACACCGGGAAAUACACCUGUGUUGUGACAAACAGACUCGGUUCUAUCAAUUAUACAUACUCCAUCGAAGUGAUAGAAAAAAUGAUGAAGAAGAACAAGCCUGUGUUAAUCCCUCCACAUCCCAAGAAUACAUCGGUAGUCUAUGGGGGAACAGCAUCCUUUCAGUGCCGAGUUCGCAGUGUUGUUGACCCACACAUACAGUGGCUGAAGCGUAUCGAGGACUCGGAGGACAUGGAGAAUCGCAACAGCACCAUCAGUGUGAAGGGCCAGCAGUUUGUGGUGUUGAAGACAGGGGACCUCCUGACCCGCCCCGACGGGACGUACCUCAACAAGCUGGUCAUCCACCGUGCCACGGCUGCCGAUGCCGGCAUGUACAUCUGUCUCGGAGCAAACAGCAUGGGAUAUAACUUCCGCAGUGCUUUUCUGUCCGUUGUGCCAGGUGAAGGGUCAUCGUACGCAGCCCAGCCCGACACGACGUCCUCUUCCACCAACAACCUACCUCUUAUCAUUGGAGUGCCUUCCUGUGUUGUGCUAGUGAUUCUCAUCCUGGUCAUCUUCCUGGUGCAGCGGCGGCGGCGCUGUAACACCACCAGCGGUGGUCUGAAGGUGCAGCGAAUGCCUGUGCCCACCCACGACAAGGACAUGUACACAAAUCCCUACAACGCCAACAUGCUGCAAGCAAGCAGAGACAAGCUGCCUAAGUCCACACCAAGUAUAGACUUCUACUCAGACAUUUCAUCUGUGUCACGCAGCCAACAUAACCAUAGCCACCAGCAUGUGCAGUACAGCUAUUGAGGUGUGUGUACCGUGGAAAAGGUUGUGCCGUACAAUUAUUGAGGCGUGUACAGUGGAAGACGUUGUGCCGUACAGUUGGAACUACUGUACAGAGACUGCAGAAUGGUCACGUUUGUGAACGUGCGGAUACUGGGCAUGCUUAGCGUGACACAUGAACAUCGCGAGUGGAAAUUCUUUGUGAAUGAGAAUUAGCGUGUUGACACCGAAUCGUGUUCAGACUCUUGGAGCAUGCUCAGUGUGACUCUAAGCAUGUACAGAGGAGGUGCACUGAAAGCCAGGGAUAUAGCUUUAUCUGAUAAAAAAUCCAAAUAACCAACGAGCUAUGUGUGAAUGUGUUAGUGAUGGAAGAUGGUUCAUUGCCAUGGUGACGGAUAAUAAUCCCCUGACAAGUGAAGAUGGUAGAGCCAUCUAUUAAAAUCAAUAGUUACGUGAUUUUUUCAAAUGGUUUUACAUAAAAAAAAUCUUUUCAAAAAGAAAUUGUUGCAAAGUGAAUUAUAUAAUUAUUUGCUCAGUAGAUUUAAGUACAAGAUCUAUGCAAACAUGGACUGAUCCAUCACUGUGGCUGCCAUCUUGGCUAUGCAAUUUGGACAUGGAGAGUACAUCCAGACACAUUCAAUGACUUUCCUUACAAUGUGGCCUUGCAUUUGGUGGGUGGACAUGACUGGACAUAGCUCAUCAUAUGACACAACAUAGUGCUCUUGUAUAUAUAAUCAAUCACCAUGGAAACCAGGGCUCCUACAUCCAAUACAGAUCCACAGUAACUUAGACACAUAAAAAUGGCUGUUGGAAACUAUAGAAAGUUGUGGUAUGAAUAAAACGUUUGGAAUGAGGCAUAGAUUGUAUGAAUGCAGGAUGGUAUUAAUGGUUGGUAGUGAGAAACAGAAGCUGCUUUGCUACAUGAAAGGAGAAUAGGGUAGCCUAGUUUUUGUUUAUUGUUAAAAGUGGAGAAAAAUCAUAUUCAACAUGAUUUCAGUUAUCCAAUUUGAGGGCUGUUUAUUUAUAUCGUCACAGUGAAUGUAGAAUAGGGCUGGGACGGGUAACUCAGGUACUCGGGUCGGGUGGGUACUGAGUAGGACCCGGGUACCCACACGACUACCCAGACCUGUGCUUAGUCACGUGGUAUACUGUUUAAUGACAAAAAUUAUCUAGAACUCCAUGGUUACACUAGUCAAUAAUGUUCGCAUUUCUUUCCAACUGUGAACGCAUUCCUUCUAACUUUUAUAUAUUUGACUACAGAUAAAGCAACUUCAGUGAAUGCAUGACCAGGUCGUUUUAUGUGUGUAUCUAAAUACAUUUAAACAAGGCUACAGUCAAACUAUUCCCAAUCAGACACUUUGUACCAAUCGCUCAAGACCUACAGCAGGUACCCGGGUAGGGUCGGGUAAUAGGGGGUUGGGUACCCAGGUAGUAAAUUUGGACUCGGCCCAGCCCUAAUGUGGAAAAGUCUGAUAGACUGAUUCUCCAGUGUGUGAUGAUUGAUAAAGUAGCCAGUGUGCUUAGGGUAUUGUGGAUCUGUGGGAAUGGAUGUACCAGCCCUUGUGAUGAGGAUGAUAAUUGAUAAGUUUGUAUAAUUUAUUUUCAAGCCACAUAACUUUGUAUAGAACAUGCGAGAGUGCCAGAAUGGUUUCUUGUAAGAAUGGCUGACUGAAUGGUGUGUGGCUUGCGGAAACAGGGUAGAUGUUUCGACUUUCCUCUGAGAAAUGUAUAUCCACACAUUGUGGACGUGAUGUCAUGUGACAAUCAUCAUUGAAUUUAUAGUGCUAUUUAGAUGAAGACUGAUUUGUUGUGAUUUUUCUGUUAGAUGUAUAUUUGUAGAAUGUGUUACAUGACCUGUAGCACAUGAAAGUGAAAUUGAUUCCAAAUAUGUGUAUAAUGAACGCUGUACAAAUGUGUACAUAGUUCAAAGUAUGUACAAAUGUUCAGAUAUAUAAUAAAAACUUUCAGUCCUGUACAAGGUUUUGCAAGAUACAGUUACUCGAAACAUAUCAAAGUCAAUAUGGUUUAGUAUAAUUUAAUUAUCAAACUAGGGAAUUUUACAUUCAUGAUCUAUUGCUUGCCCUGUGUAUAAGUUGUAUGGAAGAUAGUGUUAAGGAUGACUGAGGAUUUCCAUAUAUAUAGGCGUUACCAUGGUUACAGGGUAAAGUCAAGACGGUUGGAUGUAAAAUAGUUCAUAAUAGCCCAUAGAUAUUGUCAUUGUACAUUUUCAUUGUAUAAACACCAAUAGCUUUAAUCUGCCACAUCAUUUCAAUGUAUCAGGGCUAGAGUCUGUGAAUGUAAACGAGAAACAGAUAAACACAACCAAGAAAUCUGUCUGUAUGCCACAUGCUUUUGUACCAGGGAUUGGCUCCAUAUAUAGUCAUGUGAUCAUGACUUCCUGUCUAACUUGCUGACCAUUCAUGGAACUAAUCAAGACACAAAAUGGCAAAAUGGUUUUGUAGACGUGCAUCCACUGUGUGGCAAAUAUAUGUGUAGUUCAACAAAAUUAUUUUCCUCCGGAGAAUUUGCAAUUUUGCUGCUAGCAUUUUAGAUAAACCCACUUCUACCUCAAUGUUGAACUUACUGAUGUAGCAUACAUGAUUGAAGGGACAAGUUAAUCAUAGACGUUAUUCAUUAAGAAUUGUGAAGUUUCUGUUAUGGCAAUUUAAUGUUUUAUUAAAUUCAGUUGUUCAGUUCAUUUCAAAACAAGUUGCAAGGAAUUUUAAUAAAGACUUUUUGUUUCAAAGUUGCAUAUGUUCUUGCAAACUUGUAUACUGAAUUUUGUCACUUGUUUUCACAUUUCUUAAGUUCAUUUUACAAGUUUUAAGGAAUUUUGCUGAAAAGGAUGUAUUUCAUUUCCAAAUCUGAGUUUCAUAUGUUCUUGCAAAAUGUGUUUGUAUACAGAAAUAUGUAUCACUUGUUUUCUCUACACAUUACAAAUCACUCGCCCAAAAUGUGGAUUGGUAUAGAAAACAAGAGAGUGAAGAUAUUAUGUUGGAAGGGCAUUUACUUUAAAUACAAUGUGAUUUAAGUUACUUUUUGUAUAUAAUUAACACAUCCACAGACUAACAGACUAUUCUUUUUCAUUCCUGAUUUGAUGUACAUAUACAUUGCUGUUGACGGUGUCAAUGACCGCUGUUGACGGUGUCAAUGACCGCUGUUGACGGUGUCAAUGACCGCUCCUGUGUGUGACAAUCACCUGCCCCUCUUGAGCACCGAUAUGUUGCCUUGGCAGGGUCAUGUGACUGUCAUGUGACUUUGCCAUCAGUAUUAAAUCACCUAUAAGGGAUGACGCAAUACGCCACCCAUAUGUGUAAUAUAUUGUCUUCAACGAGAAUAAAUUUGAUAUGUACAUUUCA